GUCCAGAAAGCUAGGCCAAGAACCAAUUCUGCCUCGAAGCUCGUCUCUGGCUCCGCAGCCGCUCUCGGUAGCAUUCCCAGUAAGCGGCUCCUUCAGUGAGAUGCGGAAGGGAACCCAGGCUGGUCCUGAACUCUCACCACCGCCCAGCUGUGGUGAGAUCAUUUCCUCGAGGAGGCGGGGCCUGGGAGGCGUGAAGAAAAAAACGCCGAGAGAAGAAGGGGCAAUUUGACUCCUUGGGUUCUACGAGCAGACAGCAUCAUGGCUAGCUGUCCCCAGCCCCAGGAGGAGACCCUCCAGGCCCUCCGGGACAUGGCUAAUCGCCUGAGGAUCCACUCCAUCCAGGCUACAUGUGCCUCCAAUUCAGGUCACCCCACAUCUUGCUGCAGUGCAGCUGAAAUCAUGUCUGUUUUGUUCUUCUACACAAUGAAAUAUAAACCAACAGAACCAGGAAAUCCAAGCAAUGACCGAUUUAUUCUGUCAAAGGGUCAUGCAGCUCCUAUCUUGUAUGCUGCCUGGGCUGAGGCUGGCGAUGUUAACCAAGCUGACCUUUUGAACUUGAGGAAGAUUGACUGUGACCUAGAGGGCCAUCCUACUCCUAGACUUUCAUUCGUUGAUGUGGCAACAGGUUCUCUUGGGCAGGGACUUGGUGCUGCCUGUGGAAUGGCUUAUACUGGCAAAUAUUUUGAUAAAGCCAGUUACAGGGUGUACUGCCUCAUGGGAGAUGGGGAGUCCUCCGAAGGCUCUGUCUGGGAAGCUUUGGCUUUUGCCUCUCACUAUAAGCUGGACAACCUCUUGGCAAUCUUUGAUGUGAACCGUUUAGGACAAAGUGAAGCUGCUCCUUUGCAGCACUGCACAGAUAUCUAUCGGAAGCGCUGUGAAGCUUUUGGGUGGAACACCUAUGUUGUGGAUGGCCAUGAUGUGGAGCAGCUAUGUGAAGUCUUUUGGCAGGCAACUCAAGUGAAGAACCAGCCUACUGCUAUAGUUGCCAAGACCUUCAAAGGCCGUGGUAUUCCAAGCAUUGAGGAUGCAGAAAACUGGCAUGGCAAGCCUAUGCCAAAGGACAAAGCAGAUUCCAUUAUCAAGGCCAUCGAAAGCCAGAUACAGAGUAAUAAGAACCUGACUCCUCAGCCACCUGUGGAAGAUGUCCCUGAGAUCAACAUCAUGGAUGUGAAGAUGCCUUCUCUACCUGCCUACCAGAUUGGGGACAAGGUGGCCACCAGAAAAGCCUAUGGUACUGCCCUGGCUAAGCUAGGCCAUGCAAAUGAUCGAGUGAUCGCCUUAGAUGGUGACACAAAGAACUCCACCUUUUCAGAGCUGUUUAAGAAGGAGCACCCAGAACGCUUCAUUGAAUGCUUCAUCGCCGAGCAGAACAUGGUAAGCGUGGCAUUGGGCUGUGCCACCCGAAAUCGGACCAUUGCUUUCGCCAGCACCUUUGCUGCCUUCUUUACCAGAGCUUUUGAUCAUAUCAGGAUGGGGGCCAUCUCUCAAACUAACAUCAACCUUACUGGUUCCCACUGUGGGGUCUCUAUUGGUGAAGAUGGGCCCUCCCAGAUGGCUCUGGAGGAUGUUGCCAUGUUCAGAACUGUUCCCAAUUGCACAGUUUUCUAUCCAAGUGAUGCUGUUUCUACAGAAUAUGCUGUUCAUUUGGCUGCCAAUACCAAGGGAAUGUGCUUUAUCCGAACCAGCAGACCAGAUACUUCAGUUAUUUAUUCUCCCUUUGAAAACUUUAAGAUUGGACAGGCCAAGGUGAUCUAUCAGAGUGCCAAUGACAAGGUCACAGUUAUUGGAGCUGGAGUUACGCUCCAUGAGGCUUUAGCAGCUGCUGUGGAACUUUCUAAAGAAGGUAUUUCUAUCCGAGUAAUUGACCUAUUCACCAUCAAACCAUUGGAUCAAGCCACAAUCCUUUCUAGUGCCAGAGUAACAGAGGGGCGUAUUAUUACUGUAGAGGAUCAUUAUAAAGAAGGUGGUAUUGGGGAAGCUGUGUGUGCAGCUGUUUCUGGUAUGCCUGGCAUCAGUGUUCAUCAGCUGGCAGUAUCUGGGGUGCCUCGAAGUGGAAAACCUGCAGAGUUGCUUGAUAUGUUUGGUAUUAGUGCCAGAUAUAUCGUAAAUGCUGUGAAAUCAAUUGUGGCCAGCUAAAAAAAAAAUCAGCAUUGUCAGUUUUAGUUUAAGAAGUUGACAUCUUUGUGGAGUUUUUGAAGUCACAGUUUCAAAGGUGUAGAUUUUGUUGUUUUUAUUUGCUUUUUUAAGGACCAGGGCAGGUAACACGUUUUCUGUUGAUUCUUCAGCAGCUCUAGGCUCAUUCAUUUCUGGUUAAAGUGUUUACUGUGCAUAGAAAUGCUGCAAUAACUUUUCACUACAUAGUGUAUAAGUGUUCUGAUAAGAAGUCUAGAAGUAAUGGGAGUUGGGGGGAGAGAGAGAGGAGAGAGAACCAGUCUCUUAAGUAGAUGUGCAUUCUUAUUUUAUUUGUAAUUUCUAAAAGUGUGAAUUUGUGCGUGCACACUGAACAGUGUAGAUGGCAAAGAAAUUCUGCUAUUCUUUUUUCCCCAGUUCAAACUUUCUUAAAACACUAGCAUACAUGUAACUUCCUGAAUAGUAGACUAAUGAAGUUGCCUCUCACUUUUCAUAAACUGUUUGCCUUCAUUUCAGGUCUAAUUUUCUGAGGCCAUAAAACAGGAAUGAGAGCUUUCAUGAUGCACGGCUUCCCUUGCUGUAUUCCUUUUGCCAUAUUCCUUCUGUGAGGAGAUUAUACAAAACAAACAAAAACCAACCCAUUAGUUCUGAUCCAUCUCUGCCAUCUUGUGGUUUUUAUGUCUUGUGAGCUCUCCUGUUUCACUUUCUAAGUGUCCAUGCUAAGACUACUUACUUAAUUAUAGAAGCACACUUGAGGACAUGAGUCAACAAUAAAAAGCCAUUAAACAA